AUGUCUUCGCACGCAGGCUCACAACCAACCUCACCUCUUGCGCCGGACCACCUCACCGACGAUGAAGAGGUCCUCUCCCAAAGUGACCACUCCCACGAUGGCAGUCCCUCUUCGACCAACCUCGAGCCGCUUUACAACCUCACCGUCCACCUCCACAACCGUCCCAUCGAACUCCCAAUUUACGACUCCUCCGCCACGAUACAAGACCUCUCCGACACCAUCGCCGAAGACAUGCACAUCCCUCCUUCCCACCAAAAGUUCUUCAUAACGCCCAAAACCGGCCUGCUCAAACCUCCCUUCAAAGAUCCCUCCAUCCUCAUCUCCACCCUCCGUGACAAGAAAAUAGUCCUCAUGGGCGCCACAACCGCCGAAGUCGCAGAGCUAGAAUCCGACAUAUCCGAUCGCAAAGCCCGCAUCGAGAAGCGAAAGGCCGCCAUGCAAGCGGGGAGAAAGGUCCGCGCGAAUCGUAACAGGGAUUGGAAAAAGGUGCAGGACGAGGCACAGUACACGUUCCACACCAUACGGCCGUUAGAAUACCUUCCCAACCCGGAAAAGAGCUUGCGGUUCCUCGAGCGGCUGCGCGAUGACGCCGGUAUCAAAGCGUCCAUGCGGAAACAUGGAUUCAGCGUGGGUCUGCUGACGGAGAUGAAUCCCGCUGAACACACUACGCACGAAUCUCGCACGCUCGGUUUGAACAGGAAUAGAGGCGAGGUGAUUGAAUUGCGGCUUCGGACGGAUGCGUACGAUGGAUAUCGCGAUUAUAAAGUCAUCCGCAAGACGCUGUGUCAUGAGCUGACGCAUAACGUCUGGGGCGAUCACGAUCAGAGAUUCUGGAAAUUGUGCAAGGAGAUUGAAGCGGAGGUGGAGAGGAAUGAUUGGAGGAGAGGUGGGAAGAGUGUGGGUGGAGAGGAGUUUUAUAAUCCUAAUGAUGCUGGGGAAGGGGACGAUCAUGAAUGUGAUGGUGGAGGUUGGGAGGAAGGCGAGUUUACGCUCGGUGGAGUUGGAGGCAGUGGAGGCGUGAGCUCGUUGAGUAGGAGAGAGAUCAUGGCGAGAGCGGCCGAGGAGAGAAUGAAGAAGUCGAGAGAGGCAAAGGCGGAGGAGCAGCAGGCCAAAGAGGCGAAGUAA